AUGCCUCGGCCGAUUCCAGACACAAGGACAAAGAUUGCCAUUCUGGACAGUGGAGUCAACGGCACCCGGUUUCCUCUCCAGAGACAGGACCGCCAAGGGCGCAGCUUUGUCUGGCGAGACAACGGCAAAGGACACCAGUCCGAAGCAUCCUGGUGGCUCGCUGUUGAUCCACACGGGUCUCAGAUGGCCAAUGUCAUCUCUCAGCUGGACCCAUCUUGCAUUUUCUAUUUUGUCCAGAUCGCGGACAACAUGAACUACAUCGAGUUGCCGACUGUGGUCAAGGCCCUCGAGUGGGCUGUCAAAUGCAAUGUCGACAUCAUCAAUUGCAGCUUUGCUCUGGAUAAAUGCUCAUCGAGCCUUCAAGCAGCACUGCGUAAGGCCAAGGAGAAAAACAUCAUCGUCAUGUGCAGCACAGCCGACGAAGGUGAAAACAUCGACGAGGUGUGGCCCGCAGCGUAUUACCGGCGGGAGAAGGACAAGGCCGAAAAGUUUGAGAACAUCUUCCCCAUCGUAGGCUGCGACGAGCACGGCAAGUUCUCCAAGUACGCAAACGAGGAGGCUGGUCGAUUCAUGUUCCGAGGGGAAGAUGUCGACGCCUCCAGCAUCGAUCCCGCUCUUCCCAUCGACACGGCCACUGUGCAGGGCAGUUCGGUCGCCACAGCUAUAGCUACCGGUGUCGCCGCUCUCAUUCUGGGGUGCUACCGCAUGGUCGAGGAUGCACUGGACAAGAAAUGUAGCCCGCCAGACCUCGUGGACGCGUGCUUCCAUAGGAUGUCUGAGCCACUCAGGAAGGGCAAUGGACAAGAACGGGCCAUACGGCUCGUGAAGGCCAGCGGCUUGUUCCCAACUGGUCAGAACGACAUCCGCGACGCUGGCGAUUUUCUGGAAUAUAUGAGACUGCUUUUUAACGACGUGUCUUGA